ACAGCUGCGUCGACGUCUCUCCGGUCUUGUGUGCAAGAUGGCGCAUUGUCUGGAGGUCGCGGAACUGCUCCUGCGCGCUGCGUCUUUCUUCUGCGGGAUUAUCACCGCGGCUUCUGUAAAAGUAGCGCAGGUAGAGUUCGCAGGGCACUGCAUGCUGUACGGGAGCGUCGGCUACAACGCAACCUCCAAGGAGUUCUCGGUGGCAUCUUCCAGCAACGCCUCUCUCUGCCUCUUCGUAUCUGUCAUCUCCGGCCUGAUCACCAUCUACUGCUUCUUUGUAGUGCUGUACUGCAUCUACGCCAGCUGCUUCAGUGGGGUCCAAGGGAGCUCAGUGGAGGUGACAUUGUCUCUGGCCUUCGCUGCCACUUUCCUGUUUUUCCUGCUCAUCUCCGGCUGCAUCCUGAAUAUCGGGUUAACCAGCCUCUGUCAAUCCAUCACUACAGCCAAGGAUUUAAAGAGCUGUCAGGAUGCUCAGUUGGAGAACUGGAGUGAACCUUACAAAGCAUCUCAGUUCUACACCAGCCUCUACAACGCAGGGGUCUCUGCCUGGGUGAAUUUCUUCUUGUGGGUCUUGGCUCUGAUUCUGCUGAUCGUCCAGAGAAAGCAGGGGACGCAGUACACAGAGCUGAGCAUCUCCAGGCUCUCGCGGCCCCGAAGAGGGAGGAGAAGAGGGUGGAGAUGAGGGUGGAGAGAGGGAACCCGGACUGGAGCGUCAUUUCAGAAAAAUUCUGGAGGGGGAGGAAAUGUCAACAUUGAACACUCUGUCCCAAAUAUCAUGCAGUAACUGAGUCAGUUUACAAUGAGAUGGCACAUAAAACAACAAACUAACUAAACUACCUUUCCCAGUGCAGCAGGGCAAUGCCCCUCCUUCCUGACUUGUAUCUAUCAUUGAUUCAUUCUGAAUACUUUAAACCCGAUUGGAGGCUUGUUCACGGGAUUUAAAGCUGUCUUACAGUUAAGAUACGGAGGAUUUUAAAACAGAAUUGGAAAUUGUGGCGAAAUGUACAAAAAUGCCUCCACACAAAAACUCCUGAACAAUGUGCCUGUGACCAGAGGGAUUUCGUUAUGGAAGACAGCAAAGGUGCAAGUACUAUCGAGUUACUACACAUAUUAACAGAAAAAAAACGGCCAAGCAUUUUGGAAAGAAAAAAUUUCAUACAGCCCUGAGAAAAUACAUAAAACUCAAAAAUAGCUAAAAAUAAGCACCAAAAAAAUGUGAUUAAAACAAAAUGAAAAACAGACGUCUUAAAUAUAAUUCACGCUGUACGGUGAUUGGUGGCGAGGGCUCUCUACGCUAUUGUCUCUGUGUUUCUUUGUUCUCAUUGGUUCCUCCUUGGAGGUUUGUAAUAAAUGUGCAAAGGUGUAAAAAGGAAUUCCCAGUGCGUUUUAAAGCUUUGUCUGAGUAAGACAAGCAUAAUUAAAGUGCAAGUUAACCUGGGAUGUCUUCUGGAAAUCAGGGGACAUUUCAAACAUGAUCAAGGAAAGUGAAAAAUCUAAAUAUCCACACCGCUGACCCCCCUGCUAAUCUGGUAUGAGCUGGAGGAUUCUAUUUUAGUUUCACUGUUUUUUUUUUCUGAUUGUAUAUUUUGUGUUGUAUUCAAAUUUUGCUGCCUCUUGCAUUGAGAAAUGUGUAGUCUUCGUUUAGUAAUAUCCUCGUUUUGAAACAAACAAAUGUUGCAUGUAAUGGUCCUGUGAUUUAAAAAUGCUUUAAUUCUCAUUCAAGUCAAGCCUCUUAAAGAUUGUCACUAUAAUAUCCUGGCUUAAAUUGCUGUGCUGUAACCCCACACUCCCCAUUAAAAACAGCCAAAUUUGAAA